CACACGUUGUUCAACUAAACUCUGCAGCUGCUGACACUUUGUUGUGCGUGUUAUUACGGUAACAUUAAACUGUAACCACCGCUGUAUCUCACAAAUAAGAUGAGAUUGCCACGGCGGAUCCUCACACUGCACACAGCGCCUGUAAGGAGGGCAUCCUCAGUCCCAGCUGGCAUGGUGAACUUUGUCCCCGCCUGCAGCACCACAGACGCCCACUCUCUGGAGCUGCUGCAGGAGUUUGUGGCCCGCUCCCGGCGCCUGUUUGUCAUCAGUGGAGCAGGUCUCUCCACUGAGUCAGGGAUCCCUGAUUACCGCUCUGAGGGUGUCGGGCUGUAUGCUCGCACUGACAGACGACCCAUGCAGCAUGCAGAGUUUGUCCGCAGCGCAAAGUCUCGUCAGCGCUACUGGGCCAGAAACUUUGUGGGCUGGCCGCAGUUCUCCUCACAUCAGCCAAACUCUGCACACGAGGCCCUGCAGCAGUGGGAGGAGAGAGGAAAGCUGCACUGGCUGGUGACACAAAACGUGGAUGCUCUUCAUUCCAAGACAGGACAGAAAAGACUGACCGAGCUCCACGGCUGCUCCCACAGGGUGAUGUGUCUUGGCUGUGGUGCCGUCUCUCCGAGGGAAGAGCUCCAGAAGAGAUUCAUAGAACUGAACCCGGACUGGAGAGCGCAGGCGGGCGCUGUGGCUCCAGACGGCGAUGUCUUCAUAGAGGACGAGCAGGUCCUCCACUUCAGAGUCCCCUCCUGUGAGGACUGUGGAGGGAUACUGAAGCCUGAGGUCACGUUUUUUGGAGACACUGUGAACAGAGCGACUGUACAGUUUGUGCACGACAGGCUGGCAGAGUCGGACGCCGUGCUGGUGGCGGGGUCAUCGUUACAGGUUUAUUCAGGAUACAGGUUUUUACUGGCGGCGGGAGAACGGAAAAUGCCAGUCGCCAUCCUGAACAUUGGACCCACGAGGGCAGACCACCUGGCCGAGCUGAAAGUGAGCGGCCGCUGUGGUGAAGUGCUGCCAGUCAUCCAACCUCUCUGACUGUCACGGACACUCAGUUUAGAUAAUUUAUAUUCAAGGAGUACGUCACUCCACAAAUGACCGUUUGAAGAUCAAUUACUCGCCCUAUGUUCUUUGAACUGGUAAAGAAAUCUGUUUUUCUUGCAUGCCUCCGCCGUAAAUGAAGAGCCCCAAAAAAGCAAACAUUCUUGAUAAAUUGAAGUUACCUGCGACCACGUUUAACAACACAAUUUAAUUGGUUACAGAUUACAAGUUACCCUAUUAGAAACCCUAUUAGAAAUGUAACAAGUUACAGAACUAUGAUACUACUACUAUAAACAGGGCAAUAAAACUGAAAAGAUCUAAAAACAUA